AUGUCUCUUCCAUGCAAAAGCCAGCUCCCAGAAGACGUUGAAAAAUUCUUUAAAUCGUUCCCGCCAGGGUAUCGCUUCAAGCCUCGUGAUGAAGAACUCGUCGUUCAUUACUUGAAGAAUAAGCUGUUCAACAAGCCAUUACCACCCAACAGGAUCAAGGAGGUUCAAUUGUACAAGUACAAUCCUGAGAUCCUCGUCGAGCAUAGUAAGUCAUAUGGGGAAGGAGAAUGGUACUUUUUCACACCGAGAGACAAAAAAUAUAGGAAUGGGUCUCGACCAAGGCGAGCAGCUGGCGAUGGAUAUUGGAAAGCCACGGGAGCAGACAGAUUGCUUAAGUUCCAAGGGGUUGAAGUUGGAUAUCGGAAGGCCUUGGUUUUCUACAUAGGGAAACCACCCAAGGGACAAAAGACUGAUUGGAUGAUGCAUGAAUUCCGACUCAAAGAUCCUCCAAAAAUAUCCAAUCUUAACAAAGAUGAUAUGCGACUGGAUGAUUGGGUGCUAUGCAAAAUUUAUAAAAAGAUGGAUAAAUCUAUGAGAAGUUCGAGUUCUCGGCAGGCUGCUGGUACCCAAAACCAAGAGUCGGACAGUGAGGUUCAACCUGAAUCAGAGAACAAGGCUGUUGAGUUGGAGAGAGAGGUUCCAGAGUAUAUAUUGGGUGAAACAGCAGAUGGGUUUCCACAAGGAUUCAUGGCUUUCAGUGAAUUGGGACAUGAUCAUGAGUUGGAAGAGCAUGGUGGUCCUUUCAAAGGACUUGCUACCUCUCUGGGAAGUUUCUAUGAUGAUUCCAUGUUGGAGCAAAAUUCUGCAAUGUUUCCGAACAGCAUUUCUGAUUAUUAUGAUGAGAAUUUGAUGCAGCAGAUGACAGUACUGGACCCAUUACCAUCAUCCAUACCUCCGUUCCGUUCAUUCCGUUCAAUGGACAAACUUCCAAGUGUCUCCUACAAUUUCGAUUUUUCCUCUCAAUUUUUUGAUCUAUAA